AUGGAUCCAGCUACCCAGCCUGCAAGACCACGCAGGUCGUCAUUUACACAACAAUUGCAACGCCUGCUGCAUUUCGACAAAGCAGGAAACACGAAGCCAGUCUCCGUCCAGCAAAGCCCCGAGGAGCCAGACUACCACGUCGCAACGAGAACCAAGGAGCGUGAAGAUCAACCCCACACUCAUCUGAAUUCUAUGGAUGUUGUUCCAAGUGAAACAGAGUCACGAUUCUAUUCAACGCAAGGCCCUGCUCCGGGACAUUUCGCAAAUAGACCUUCUACCAAAGAAGGCCCGGAGUCAAGUAAUGGUGGCAACGUCGCCCAAAAAAAGAACAGACGAGCUACAAUACGCCUAGAGGCAGAUCGAAUCGAACUUGAGAAACGACUUUUGAAGCUUGAACAAGCGGAAACCACCAAAGAGUCAAAUACCUUGCGAAGAGAAUCCCGUCGUCUUACAAAAAAACAACCAUUGGGCAGUUCAAGCAGAGCAUCGAGUGCCAGCGGUGAUGAGACUAAAUCAUCCUCACGCUUUUCCUCGGUUUUUUCAAGGCGCACAUCUCGGUCCCGAUCAAGCUCUAUGGACAAGGGCGAUAAAUACCCCUCGCGAAGCCAGUCGAUCAAAACUGAGGCGACAGUCAGAGGCACAGCAUCUGAGCCACGGCAGGACGCUGCCUCUCCUGUUCCCACCACUUUACCGGUGCGCCUUGGAGCGGCAAUAUCUGAAGGAUUGGCUGUGACAAACAACGCGUUACUCCCAUAUCCCAAUCAACCAGUACAACCAGUACAGUCUCAGACACAGCUACACCCAGGCACGAUUUCGCCAGAUGCUGUUAACAUAGACCGGAAACCGACUCUUGGAGAUAGAGUGGUUAAUGAUUCAGAACAUGGAUCCAAUCCACACGACGGACCUAACCCUAGUUUGUUGAACUCAGGCUCGCCUGAUCUUGAUCGUGCCUCAUUCGCGGCAACUUUAAAGCUCGGUCGAGGUUCUGAUACCAUGCAAAUGGAUGGCUCUCAUCAGCAAAACACCAAAGCUCGUCGAAAGCCUUCGACUACAUCUGGUAACAGUCACGUAGCCAGCAUUCCGGAUAAUCAACUCCCCACCCCAAAUUCACAUCCGAGUCUAAUGAGAAAUGCCCCAAUACGAUCGUUGACAGAUAAUAUUUCGCAGAGAACUUCUAAGAAAUUCACCUCAUCUCCUCUCGCAGGAGUUGCUACGGUCAGCAAUUCUGACCGCCGUUCCACUGCUGCUUCGAGUGAUCGUAUAAACCUCCGAGAAUCUGCAGCUGUUCCCAAUAGAAGAGCAGUUGGCACCAAAUUCUCGCACACCCUGCUUCCUUCUCGCGCUAUGGAUAGGCCGAGUGGACCAGAGAUCGUGCCGCGCAGCUCUCCUCUCGACACCGACAACAAAAUGAGAAAAGUUCCCGCAUCCCCAUCGUCUCAUAUACUCAAAUCACCAAGCAGUGGCAGCAGACAAUCUUCGGACUCUGGCGAGACUACAGCUUCAAGCCACGCAAAAAGGUUUUCUGCGCCGACUUUAGACCAUAAUCUUAAAUCCAACCCAACAAAACAUCCUAUGGGCUCCCCCUUGAGGAAAGAAUCGCAACGUCGAGAUUUCCCAGAAAAGAUCGGACAGGACGAAAGUGCAACGGUUGAGCCUACUCCAGAGAAUGUUAAAUCUAAUGCGAUUAGGAGACGCACGAAGGUUGGAGAACAUAUUGGCUUGGGGGAAGUCAAUACUAAACAGAAUGCGCGGGGCCAUGAAGCAGACAAGUCAAACGUUUCCUUGUCGAGCGGUAUAUCACAAGAUCAAGGAUCGGAGGAAUACGAUACGGCUGAUGAGAUUGCCCCAACUCCACCGCCUGUGGGUGAUUACCCAGCUAGCACCCCUCGUGGAUCUGCUCCAGAUCCUUUAGAGAAGGAGAAGGACCCAAAGAAUGUGACGUCCAGUGCAAUACUCCCACGACAUAAGGAACCAGUUAACAAGGUGGAACGAUCGGGUCACGAGCCAUCGAUCAAAAAGCUAUUCGUUAUUUGUUGUCACUGCAAGUCAUGGCAUGAUAUGCCAUUGGAGGUGUAUGCGACAUUUGGUGCCGGCUCCCAUGCAUCUGCAGACCGUCCUUCUGCCGCGCCGGGGAGCCGACACUCUCGCUCCAAUAGUGGACUUCUCUCUAGAAGGCCAACGAAUGCUCAACACCGAUCAAAGAAGGUACAAAGAAACCUUGAAACGGCAUCUGGUGUGCCACUGUCGUCGACUGUGGAAUGUUGUUGGCUGCCGGUCUCCAGACGACUAUGUCCCGCUUCUGUGCGAAACUUUGGCUCACGCAGUCUGUCCUCCAAGAACCUGCAAGGGCAGGCAAAACGAGCAUCGCCCCAUAGCCUUCAGAAUGCAUCGCAUAAUAUCCAAUCCCUCCGGUCCAAGGCUUCGUCCGCGACAUUCGGUCACUUUCCGCAGGACCGGGCAUUGCUGAAGCCUAACAAUCUAUUCCACCCUUUCACCCAGUCGCCCGCCGCUGCGAUCCGACAGCGUGCUGCAUUCAUCAAGCAAAACUCCUUCUGCCCUCAUCCGAGCCACCAGCAAACGCGCGCACCCGUAUCGCCCCACGAUCCCGAAUCGCGCAAGUGCCAGCACGGGUCGAGUCUUCCACCGGCCCAUUCCCACUUUGAAUGUCCCGACUGCGGUGUUCCAAUUUACUGCUCGGAGGGACAUUGGAUGGACGACUUCGAGGCGCACCUGGAAAUCUGCGACACUAUCCGACAGAUCAACGAGGAUGACCAUGACCUACACUCGGGACGCUUCUUCCCGGAGUUUGCCUAUCCGGGUUUGCAGGAUGAGAACUUUGUCAUCAACAUGACCAAUUGGGACACUUUCCUCUACACACGGGAGUUCGACGCGAUCAAUGACGACCGGAGUAUGAGACAAGUGACUAGGAUGCUUACCUACCCGCUUACGAUUGGAAGUGUUCUGCAUGAGCUUAGCCCCUAUAGCGUUCGGAAAUCCAGCAGACUCACCACCGAAGGUCUGAAAAGUGUCAGCGCUCUGCGAUACACCCUGCAUCCCCCCAAGACCGGAGAAGGAGCCGAUAUCCAAGGGCUACGACUGAAAGCACCGCCCGUCCGGAUUUUCAUCCUGGGCGCACGCGCCGAGUCGUCCCUGCCCCGUGAUGUCUGGCUGCAGCUCAGUCACAUUUUCCCCCGGUCCCUGAUCCACCUCAUCUUCAUCGGACCGGAGAGCAUGGCGAACCGCGACGAAGAAUUCCCUCUCCCGGAGCGCACGCCCGAAAACCCGUUCGGCGGGAUCGUCGAGGACAGACUGGGCGGACAGUUCAAGAUCUCGACGUACGUCGACUACUUCCAUACGAUGUACAAAGCGCAGUAUUUCCAGCCUUUCGACCCCUACCUGGACUGCUUCAUGCUCUUCCAUCCUGGUCUCGGCCACCCGGCAAGCUCUCACGAGUGGGAAGAGACCCUGCCGCAGCUUCUGGAAACCAAGGUCCCCAUCCUCAGCACCGGGUACACCCAGUGGGAUAUGGAGAGGGACAUCAAGUGGGUUGGUGAUAAAUGCGCCGGGGAAUUCGACAUCCUGCUGGAACCCGGGGAGAACAUCUUCCGCAGUCUACGAUGGGAUCUGAAUGACCUGGACCCCCACGACGUUUCAUGCGGCAAUUGGGGCGUGUGGGCAUUCCGAGGAAAACGGUACGAGGCAACUUUCAAGGAAACAUAG